AUGUCUGACGCGCUCAUGGCCGAGUUCGGCAAAGCUGCCCCGUUCCUGCGCAAGUCUGAGCGCGAGCGUCUGGAGGCGCAGACACGCGCCUUCGACAUAAAGACGGCAUGUUUUGUGGUUGAUGACAAAGUGGAGUACGUGAAGGCGACAGUGCAGAGCCGCGAGGCUGGAGCGGUCACGGUGAAGACAGAGGACGGCGAGGUGCGCACGGUGAAGGACACCGCGGUGCAUCCUCAGAACCCGCCAAAGUUUGAUAAGAUCGAGGACAUGGCCAUGUUCACAUUCCUACACGAGCCCGCCGUGCUCUUCAACUUGAAGGAGCGCUACGCGGCCUGGAUGAUCUACACCUACUCUGGCCUCUUCUGCGUCACUGUCAAUCCCUACAAGUGGCUGCCGGUGUACGAUGCCGACGUGGUGGCAGCAUACCGCGGGAAGAAGCGCACUGAAGCUCCGCCCCACAUCUUCUCCAUCUCCGAUAACGCAUACCAGUACAUGCUGACGGACCGCGAGAACCAGUCUGUGCUCAUCACUGGAGAAUCCGGCGCAGGAAAAACUGUUAACACCAAACGGGUCAUCCAGUACUUCGCCAGCAUCGCUGCGGUGGGCGGAGCCAACAAGAAGGACCAGAACAAGGGCACGUUAGAAGACCAGAUCAUCCAGGCCAACCCGGCGCUCGAGGCUUUCGGGAACGCCAAGACUUCGCGUAACGAUAACUCGUCACGCUUUGGGAAGUUCAUCCGUAUUCACUUCGGCACCAGCGGCAAACUGUCGUCCGCCGACAUCGAGACAUAUCUGCUAGAGAAGUCCAGAGUGACCUUUCAGCUCAAGGCUGAAAGGAACUACCACAUCUUCUACCAGAUCCUGUCCAAUCAGAAGCCAGAGCUGCUGGAGCAGCUGCUGAUCACCACAAACCCGUACGAUUACGCUUACACAUCUCAGGGCGAGGUCACCGUGGCGUCCAUCAACGACGCCGAUGAGCUCAUGGCCACGGAUAGUGCCUUUGACGUGCUGGGUUUCACGGCCGAAGAGAAGGCGGCGGUCUACAAGCUCACGGGUGCCAUCAUGCACUAUGGAAACAUGCGCUUCAAGCAGAAGCAGCGAGAGGAGCAGGCGGAGUCAGAUGGCACAGAGUCGGUCGAUAAGUCGGCCUUCCUCAUGGGGCUGAACUCGGCAGACCUCAUCAAAGGCCUGUGUCACCCUCGCGUCAAAGUGGGGAACGAGUAUGUGACCAAAGGCCAGAGUGUGGACCAGGUGUACUACUCCAUUGGCGCGCUCGCGAAGUCGGUGUACGAGAAGAUGUUCAAUUGGAUGGUGGUGCGCAUUAACCAUAGCCUGGACACCAAGCAGCACCGACAGUACUUCAUCGGCGUUUUGGACAUCGCCGGAUUCGAGAUAUUUGACUACAACACUUUUGAGCAGCUGUGCAUCAACUACACCAAUGAGAAGCUUCAGCAGUUCUUCAACCACCACAUGUUUGUUCUGGAGCAGGAGGAGUACAAGAAGGAGGGCAUCGACUGGGAGUUCAUCGACUUUGGCAUGGACCUGCAGGCCUGCAUAGACUUGAUAGAGAAGCCGCUCGGCAUCCUGUCCAUCCUGGAAGAAGAGUGCAUGUUCCCCAAGGCCAGUGACCAGACCUUCAAGGCCAAGAUGUACGACAACCACCUGGGUAAAAACAAGAUGUUUGAGAAACCGCGUGCCGCCAAAGGCAAAGCCGAGGCGCACUUCGCUCUGGUGCAUUACGCUGGGACGGUGGACUACAAUAUAACCAACUGGCUGGUGAAAAACAAGGACCCUCUGAAUGAGACGGUGGUGGGACUGUACCAGAAGUCCUCUCUGAAGCUGCUCAGUCUGCUCUUCUCCAGCUAUGCAGGCGGCGACAGCGACAAAGGAGGAAAAGGAGCCAAAAAGAAGGGGUCCUCUUUCCAAACAGUGUCUGCACUUCAUAGAGAAAACCUGAACAAACUCAUGACCAACCUGAAGACCACUCACCCGCACUUUGUACGCUGCCUCAUCCCAAAUGAGUCCAAGACACCGGGAGCGAUGGACAACUGCUUGGUGCUGCACCAACUGCGCUGCAACGGCGUUCUGGAGGGAAUCCGCAUCUGCAGAAAAGGUUUUCCGAACCGCGUCCUGUACGGAGACUUCAAACAACGCUACCGCAUCCUGAACGCGGCCGCCAUCCCUGAAGGCACCUUCCUGGAUUGUAAGAAGAGCACAGAGAAGCUGCUGGGCUCUCUGGACAUCGACCACACGCAGUACCGCUUUGGAAACACCAAGGUGUUCUUUAAGGCGGGGCUCCUGGGUACUCUGGAAGAGAUGAGGGACGAGCAGCUGUCUCGCAUAAUCACUCGCCUUCAGGCCAACGCCCGCGCGCUCCUCAUGAGGGAGCGCUUUGCUCAGCUGGUGGAGCGCCGAGACGCUCUCAUGGUCAUACAGUGGAACCUGCGUUCGUUCCUCGCCGUGAAGAACUGGCCCUGGAUGAAGCUCUUCUUCAAAAUCAAACCUCUGUUAAAAAGCGCAGAGGCCGAGAAGGAGAUGGCCAACAUCAAAGAGGAGUUCCAGCGAGUCAAGGAAGCGCUGGAGAAGUGCGAGAUGCGGCGCAAAGAGCUGGAGGAGAAGAUGGUGGGGCUGACCCAGGAGAAGAAUGACCUGACGCUGCAGAUCCAGUCCGAGCAAGACACGCUGUCAGACGCAGAGGAGCGCUGUGAGCAGCUGAUCAAGAGCAAGAUUCAGCUGGAGUCCAAACUCAAGGUACGCGAAAACCUCAGUCUGAGGGACGUGGCCAUGGACCUCACCAGAGUCUGA